CAAUAAAAAUGGAUGGCGACAAUGGCACAGUCAAAGAGAGGAUUGUCUCAUGCUGCAAGUUUCAUUGGCGGGGUAAAUUGAUAUGUAUUUUCCCCCUUUUAGUAUUACCAAUGCUGCUUUAUGGCUAUUUAAAUGACUCACCAGAGUUCGUAUGUCUUUAUGUGGUCGUAGUUAUGGCUCUUUUCUGGAUAACUGAACUUUUACCAUUAUACGUUACAGCAUUAAUUCCAGUGGUAGCUCUUCCAUUGUUCGGUGUACUGAGCUCCAAAGACUUAUGUGUAUUGUAUUUUUCGGAUACGGUUAUUUUAUUCUUAGGCGGUUUAAUUAUCGCCUUAGCGAUUGAAUAUUGUAAUUUACAUCAGCGAAUCGCUUUGAGAACUAUGCUAAUUGUGGGCACGAGUCCUAGACUGCUACAUUUUGGUCUAAUGUCAGUGACGGCAUUCAUUAGUCUGUGGAUAUCCAAUUCAGCCGGAGCAGCAAUGAUGUGUCCUAUCAUUAAAGCUGUACUCAACGAAAUGGAUACGGGAAACAUAUUUAAUGUGUAUAUGAGUCAAGAGGAGGAACCAUACGAAGAGGGGGAUCCUCCCCAUCCAUCACAUAUAGCCAUGGCCUUUUAUAUUGGCGUUGCUUAUGCUGCCAGUAUAGGAGGAUGUGGAACUCUUAUUGGCACUGGCACAAAUCUUGUCUUUAAGGGUCUAUAUGAUACACGUUUUCCCGAUUCCGUUGAGAAAGUGAGUUUUCCCGUAUUUAUGCUGUAUUCGUGUCCCCUGAUUGUCGGACUUAAUUUGUUGUUGACUUACCUAUCCUUGCAAAUUACUCAUAUGGGUCUCUUUCGUUGGAAAAGUAAAAGAGCUCAAGAAGUUAAAAAGGGCUCAGAGAGUAAGGAGUUGAUCAAAGCAGUACUAAAAUCACGUCAUGCUAGCCUAGGACCAAUGAGUUGUCAUGAGAUUCAGGUGACAAUUCUGUUUGUGACUACCAUUGUUCUAUUAUUCACCUGUAAGCCUGGCUUUAUGCCAGGAUGGGCAAAUUUCCUUAACGCCAAAAAAAUAGGCAAUUCUCCAUGUAUUCUCUUGCCUGCGGUUCUAAUGUUUGCCUUGCCCACACAAUAUACAUUUUUCAAAUACUGUUGCGGAAAACCGCCCUUUCCUGGACGAGCUAUGGAUGCGCUAAUAUCUUGGACUUAUUUGCAAAAACAUAUGCCAUGGGGUCUAUGCUUUCUACUUGGUGGUGGCUUUGCUUUAGCACAGGCGACUCGAGUUAGCGGUGUGAAUACUUUCAUAGGCAGGGUUUUGAGCUUCUGUGAGGGUUCACCAGAAAUAGUCGUCGUGAUGCUUUGCGUAUUUGUCUCGAUAUUUUGUACUACAUUCAGCUCGAAUGUUGUCGUGGCCAAUAUACUUCUACCCAUUUUCUUUGAAUUGGCCUUGAUAUUGGAAAUGCAUCCUUUGGUCCUAGCAUAUCCCUCUUGUUUAGCUACGAGUAUGGCUUAUUUACUACCUGUUAGUACUCCUCCAAAUGCCAUUGUCGCAGCGUAUGGCAAUAUCAAGACCAAAUAUUUGAUACUAGCAGCUUUAUUGCCAUCUGCUUGCGCCUUUUUUGUGGUCGUGUUCAACGCUUAUACAUGGGGUCAUGUGGUGUACCCCACAACGGGAUCGUUUCCGGACUGGGCCGCUGAAGCCAAAAAUCAGACAACUAGGCUCGUAUUUCAUUCGGAAUUCAUUAUGUGAAUUGCGGUUUUUAGUUAAUAAAAAUUGAGGUACAGUAA